AUGUAGUAAGUAGAAGAGAAGUGGUUGAUAUGCGCCGAUCCUGAUAGUUGCUAGAUUUAUACUUUGAACAUAAACACGAAUGAAGUGAGGGUGGAGCAGGAUGUAGAUUAAGAUUAUCGGCAGAAAGCACUAUAAGCAAUCCAACAAAUCGAAUCGAUGCUCAAAUUAAAGACUGUUUUUCCAGGUACUUGGUUGAUGGCCUCGAAGUAGAUAGACUAAUAUAGAAGAAGAAAGAUACCGUCUUACUUGUUGCAUAAGUAAUCCUCAUCUAUUCCAACAUAUUUAUGUUAAUCAACCCUCAGUCAGGCAUUUGUUAAGGUUAACUCAAUAAAACUCUAAGUCAAAUUGAAUCAAUACAGAGAAUUAUUCUAAAAUAUGCCAGCCGAAGUCCAAUUGAUGGAGAAACCUAAUAUUGUCGAAAUAGAAGCAGGAUUGGUCACUGGAGCUGACGAAGUAAUUAAGAGUGUUCUGAGAGAAGUCUAUUAGAGAUUCAGUGUUAAGUUGAGACCAAAGGAUGAUAAAAACCAGUUUAUAUUACAGAUCUCAGGUUUUAAAGAGUUUUUAACAGGAAAUCAUCCAAUGUUAUCCUAUGAUCGUGUGAGAGUCUAAUUAAGAGGAAUGAAACAUUUGGAAGUGAUCUUGACCGAAAUUCCAAAGUAAUCAAAUCAAACAUUUUUGUUCCCUCCCAUCAUUCAUAGAAUUAAAGGAGGAGAACCCUUUCCCUAGAUUGACUGGAGUAAAUUUCGAGAUGUUCCUGCCUUGUUAUGGUAUUCACCCCAACCAUUGGCUAAAUAUGAAUCAGAAAUUGCUGUUACACGAUUGUCUGUGGGACCUUCACCAUAAAUUAAAUUUGAUAAGAUCAAAGUGUCAAACAGUCAAGAUCUGUUCACCAAUCACGAUGACAGAAUUAAGAGGAUAUCAAUUGAUGAAAAUCCCAUUCGUCCUCCAUCAUAGGAAAAUUAUGGGUAAAAGCAGAAAACUAGUGGUUAAAUUUACGAUUUGAUUUCAAUGAGAAAUGAAUUGCAGAAAUUAAACAUGUUGAAAAUCGAAUAGAAUGUCCUUUAUUCUGGAGAGUGCGAUUGGCCUUUCAGUGUUAAGAUUUGUUCUAUUGAAAACCUGUUGUAAACAUUGGAAUAGGAUAACAAAUUCGAAAAGCAACAUCAAAGAGCUACUUACAAUGGAUUAAUACCUCCACUGUAUAUAACGAAGAAGAAUGCUGGAACCAAAGUUGAAGAAGAAUAGCAUAAACAAAGUAAAAAACCAAAUGACGAAACUGAUAUUAAUACGAAAAGACAAUAAGUACAUCUCAAAUUACAUAAAAGAACUGGACGGGUAUUGGACCCUAAAAUUAUUGAUAUCAAAAGAUAUAUUCCUUUUGGAGGUUAAGAUAAUCUUGAUGAAUUAGCCACCUUAUAAGAGAGAUACGAUUUAGAUUUUUUACCUUAUCUCAUCUCAGUAUAAGUAAGUUUAUUUCAUGGAUGCAAAUUGCUCACUCCAUGGUGUUAAGCUGAAACCAAGAAAUAACCAUUCAGUUAAUGUCCCAAAUUUUAUUAAACUAUUACAUUUUAAGGCAUCAAAAUAUCUUAAUUACCUUAAGAAGCUAGAUUGUGCUUCAAUAUUAUUGCUCAUAGUGCUACUGGAUAAUAGUAAAUUAUUGGAUGCACUACUAUGUACAUUUUCUAUGAAGAGAGAAAGUUCAGAUCAUCCAUCAAUCAAUUAAACAUCUGGCCAUUCUAUAAAAUUGAUCCUAGAUUACUCUGCAUGGGUCAAUAUUGGGGAUGGGUUAAAUAACAGAAUCAAUAAUUGAUUGGCCCUUUGCAUAAUAAUAGGAAUCAACAUUAUAUUUCUUCUCAACUUAUCAAUAAAUCUUAUGGCAGACUGUUAAUCCAAUUGGAUUAAUUCAAUCAGACUAUGAAGUGGAGUCUUAGAGAUGAAAAGCAGAUGGAGGAAUUAGGUUUUUCCAAAUCUGCUAGAUCCUAAAGAUAUUAUGAGAUGAGAAACAAGUUUAUUCCUAACUCCGACUAUUCCAAUUAUCAACAAUCUCAGUCAUCAGCCUUGACUCAGGAUCAGUUUAAUUCUGCAUACUAAAAUACAAAUAAAAAUUCAGCAUAUUAACAAAUUAAUUCUAAUUCCUAAUCAAAUAGCUUUAGUAAUUCCUAAUUAUUCUUAAAAAAACAAAGAACUGGAAUGGCAUCUUUUUAUAAUGUACAUUAAAGAUAACACACUAAUCCGUAUGAAUAAUAUAUGUAAGUCGGAUACUCAUCUUAGGAUUAAGGCACAAUUCUUCGUUUUGGAGAAAUGUAAGAUAGAUAGACACAUUUUGCUUAGUCAAUGAUGCACAUGAAUCAGGGGAGCAGUUUUAAUGUUCAUGAUUAAUCUAGCACUUAAUUGAGCACCUUUAAAUUGAGUCAUUAAUUCUCAUAAUAAAGUAUAUAGCAGAAUCAAAGUUACCAAGAGAAUUACAAUUAAGUAUUCCCUUACAAAAAUUGGUCAACAACUCCAAGGACUGAAGAUCUUGCCAUCCUGUAGGCCUUAUUGAAAUACAACCCCUUAAAUAGACCUUAUUAUACCGAUUAGCAUAAAUACAUUUUGAUGAUAUGUAGGAAUCAUUACAAGACUCUGCCUUAUGCACUAUAAAUCUUCUUAAUGGCCAUUGAAUGGGAUGAUCCUGAAUAAGUCAGGGAAGCCCAUAACAUGAUUAAAUUAUGGACACCCUUGCCUCCUGAAGAUGCUUUGCCCUUAUUGGAUGCACAAUUUGCAGAUGAAACCGUAAGACUUUAUGCGGUUGAGAGAGUGAGUAUUUUAUCUGAUGAUGAAUUACAAUUGUACAUGUUAGAAUUGACCUAAUGCUUGAUGUUCGAAAAACACCUAUUCAAUCCUUUGGCUGAAAUGCUGUUAGAGAGGAGUCUGCAAAAUCCAUGGGUUGUAGGACACGAAUUAUUCUGGUUGCUUAAAGCUUAAUUGCAUGUACGACCCUCUUAUGAAAGGUAUUCUUUAUUGUUGGAAUAACUAUUAAUGCUCUGUGGAGAAUUCAGGUAGCAAUUAAUGAAUGAAGUACUCGUGGAUAAUGAGUUGUUUAAUAUUGCAUAAAAGAUCAAGGAAGAGAAUGUACCAAAGGAUUUACGUUAGCAUUUCUUGUAGACCGAACUAUUGCAACUUUAUCCUAAAUUGCCCAAACCAUUCUCUUUUGCUUUAGACUCAAGAAUGGAGGCGUAAUCAAUCCAAUAUGAUAAGUGCAAGGUCAUGGAUUCAAAGAAAAUGCCUUUGUGGCUAGCAGUUAUACCAAAAUGUCUUGAAAAUGAUGAUGAGUUAUAACUAUAACAACCAAUCAAUAUUAAAUAGCAAGAAGAGAACCUUAAUGGAAAUAUCUCAGUCAUCAUUCCACAAGAUGAAAAUCUACAUAAUAAUACUAAAUAGUAAUAGGAUUAAAAGGAAUAAAAAGAAUAAAUUGAAGAGGAAGAGUAAAAUAAAUAGCAUCUAUUGAAAAUCAUUUUCAAGACUGGUGAUGAUAUCAGAUAAGAUAUGUUAACACUUUAAUUAAUUAAGAUUAUGGAUAAGAUCUGGUUAGAUGAUGGUUUAGAUUUUAGAAUGAAACCUUAUAAGACUAUAUCUACUUAAGACAAUGUGGGAAUGAUUGAAGUUGUUACCAAUUCCCUGACUAUUGAAAAAAUUCAUGGUUAAGGAGGUCUCAUGGGAGCAUUUUAACAAAAAACAAUUUGGAAUCAUUUGAAAAAGAAGAACAGCGAACCUUAAUCAUUUGAAACUGCUACUGAUAAUUUUCUAAGAUCUUGUGCAGGGUAUUGUGUUGCAACCUACGUUCUUGGAAUUGGAGAUAGGCAUUCAGGAAAUAUUAUGAUUACUGAUACUGGUCAUCUUUUUCAUAUUGAUUUUGGUCAUUUCUUGGGAAAUUUCAAAUAGAAGUUCGGUAUUAAAAGAGAAAGAACUAAGUUUGUGUUAACUGAAGAGAUGGCAUUUGUUAUGGGAGGCAGAGAUGGCGAUCUCUUUAAAAAGUUUUAGUAGGAUUGUACUAAUGCUUAUAAUUUGGUCAGAAAACAUGGCCAUUUUCUUAUUAAUAUAUUUCUAAUGAAUUUAUCUGCUGGCAUGCCUGAAUUGUAAUAGGCUUCCAAUGUAAAAUAUAUAGAAGAUCAAUUGGCUUUGAAUAUAUCUGAUUAAGAAGCAACAGCAAAAUUUAAAUAAGAGAUUAUUAUAUCUCUUAACGACACUUGGAGAUAAAUCGAUAAUUGGUUCCAUUAUAUGAGAAGAAAAUGA